AUGACUUUCCGCGUGUACUUCUGGCAGUGUGAAGUGAACGGGAUACCGUUUCGGAGAGACAGUCUUACGCGCGAAGAGACCCAGAUGCUGCGCAGCGACGGCAUCUGCGCGGACGGCGUAGCGGAACGGAGGACAGUAUAAAAGGGGGCGAGGAGAAGAGGGCUUCGACUGCUUAUUCUUGCCAAAUUGGUGUGUAUGUAAGUGCCUCCUUCUUCCCUCACCUCCUCAUUCCUUUUGAUUUCAGAGAAAUGAAGGACGAAAAGGAGAAGAGAUCGCUGCGACCGGUGGCGUUUGUUGCCGUCGUUUUCUCGACUGUAGCCAUCACUUCGUGCCUUAUCACCUUCCCUCUUAUUCUUCAUUAUAUUCAAACCCUCGAGUCGCAAGUCCAGGUCGACCUCGAGUUCUGUCAAGCCAGAGCCAGAGAUAUGUGGAAGGAGAUGCUGGACAUUGAGACCGGCGGAAAGAAGGACUCCGCCAAGUUGGCGAACAUCGUCCUCAACCACAGAAGACUCGAGAAACGGUAAUAUUCUAGUUCUCUUCAAUUUUUCACUUUUUCUCUUUCAGUGACACUCUCCAAGACUUCUGGGCCCGCCGUCUCCACGACCAGGAACUUCGUGACCAGCCGGUCGGAUACGAUAACCCAUCCAUCGGAGUCGAGUCGUUCAACACUGAGGGCGGCGGCUGCUGCACUUGUCACCGUGGACCACCGGGAGCAGCUGGUGACUCCGGACGUGACGGAGCCGAUGGAGUUGAUGGGACCCCAGGAGAGAUCGGACCCCCAGGACCACCAGCUCCACCAGGCCCAGACCCACACAGUCUGUUCCCACCACAAUGCCCAUGCGAGGCCCCACCAGGAGAGCCAGGACCGCAAGGACAGCCAGGACCAGACGGUCCACCUGGAGCCCCAGGAAACCCAGGAGAGGACGGAAAGCCAGGAGACCAGGGACCACGAGGACCACCAGGAAUUCCAGGAGCUCCAGGACAGCCAGGACGUCCAGGACCACCAGGAGAGCCAGGAACCUACAAGACGGAGAUUGGACCAGCCGGAAGAGCCGGAGCUCCAGGACGUCCAGGACCACCAGGACAGCCAGGACCAGCCGGGCCACCAGGAGAGAACGGAAAGGGAGGAAACCAGGGACCUGCCGGUCUUCCAGGACCACCAGGACAACCGGGACAGAACGGAGCCCCAGGAGAGGUCGGACAGCCGGGAGACAAUGGAGCUCCGGGAAGCUGCGAUCACUGCCCACCAGCUCGUCUGGCCCCAGGAUAUUAG